AUGAUGGAAGAGUUUAUUCUGGGAUUUUUCAUCGCUUCUCUUUUCGGGUUUAUCGUGUUAUACAGAUUGCUUUCAAAGAGGCCACAAAGAGCUUCCAUUGAGGAGCAGAACGGUCCAAGUGUACAGAAAAGUUCUGAACAGUCUGUAUCCCAGAAAGAUGGAGGACCGGAUGUUGUUGUUGUUGGAGCUGGUGUAGCCGGUUCUUCAUUGGCUUACUCUCUGGCCAAGGAUGGGCGUCGAGUACAAGUGAUUGAGAGGGACUUAACCCAACCUGAUAGAAUUGUUGGUGAGUUGCUACAACCAGGAGGCUACCUCAAAUUAGUUGAGUUGGGAAUGGAGGAUUGUGUAAUUGGGAUUGAUUCUCAGCAAGUGUAUGGUUAUGCACUUUACAAAGAAGGGAAAUAUGCUAGACUGUCCUAUCCUUUGGAAGAAUUCAAUUCAGAUGUUUCGGGCAGAAGCUUUCAUCAUGGGAGAUUCAUCCAAAGGCUACGCGAGAAGGCUGCAUCUCUUCCCAAUGUCAAAAUGGAACAAGGAACUGUAACAUCUUUGGUUGAAGAAAAUGGUACUGUUGUAGGAGUUAAAUACAAGAGUAAAGAUGGUCAAGAAAAUACAGCAAAGGCCCCACUAACAAUUGUGUGUGACGGUUGCUUUUCAAACUUGAGGCGCAAUCUGUGCGUACCUCAGGUCGAUAUCAUGUCCCAUUUUGUUGGUAUGGUCGUGGUCUUGGAGAACAGCCGGCUUCCACAUCCUAAUCAUGGACACGUUAUAUUGGCCAACCCUUCGCCUAUUUUGUUCUAUCCUAUCAGUAGCACUGAAGUACGCUGUUUGGUUGAUAUUCCCGGUCAAAAAUUACCUUCAAUUUCUAAUGGAGACAUGACAAAUUAUUUGAAAACCAAGGUUGCUGAUCAGCUGCCGCCUGAACUUCGGGAUGCAUUCAUCAAGACAGUCGAGAAAGGAGACAUAAGAACAAUGCCAAACAGAAGUAUGCCGGCAGCUCCAGUUCCUACUCCAGGUGCAAUUUUGCUGGGAGAUGCAUUCAAUAUGCGACACCCUUUGACCGGAGGAGGAAUGACAGUAGCUCUAUCUGAUGUGGUAGUCCUUCGUGAUCUACUUCGACCUGUACAAGAUUUCGACAAUGCAGCAGCCCUCACCAAACAUCUUGAAUCCUUUUACACUCUUCGCAAGCCAGUGGCUUCUACAAUAAAUACAUUAGCAGGUGCCCUAUACAAAGUAUUCUGUCCUGCACCAGAUCAAGCAAGCAGGGAAAUGCGAGAGGCGUGUUUUGAUUAUUUAAGCCUUGGAGGCAUUUAUUCACAAGGACCAAUUGCACUCCUAUCUGGCUUAAACCCAAAGCCUAUGAGCUUGGUUGCUCACUUCUUUGCCGUGGCUAUCUAUGGUGUAGGCCGUUUGCUGCUACCAUUUCCUUCGCCCAAGCGAGUGUUGCUUGGAGCUAGAUUGCUCUCGAGUGCAUAUGGCAUCAUCUUUCCCAUUGUAAAGUCGGAAGGAGUACGUCAAAUGUUUUUCCCCAUUACCAUUCCGUCCUACAACAGGGGGGCUACAGUUGUAAUGAAGAGUGCAAUGUUCGACAUGCUUGGAUAG